UAUAAGCCGGGCAAACGGUCGGAUUUGAUCAGUACGAGACGAGUAGAUCAUUUGUUAAUAUUAGUUGAUCACCAGCAGCCAUCUUCUCAUUAACAUGAACGGAAAAUUCGUUUUGUGCAUUACCGUCGUCUUGGUCGGACAAGCCAUGUCCGCCUCGUUAUUCGACGGAGAAGAUUUGAAGAAAAUUGCCGAACAAUUUUCCCAAUCUUCUUUGUCAAUUGCCCAGCACAUGAAGGAACUUUUCGGAGUCACCCCCAACUCUGAUGCCCAAAAGACCAUCGACAAAUAUAAGACAUACAUCACUAAGGGAACUAGUGAAUUGGAAGCUGAAAUUGGCAAAUUGAGAGACAUCCUCCGCAGAAACUCUGACCCAAAAAUCAUCGAGAAGGUUGAUGAAUACGAAAAGGACUUGAAGAAGUACACCGCCGAAGCCAAACAAUAUAUUGACGAUAAAGUAGGCAAACCGAUCAAUGAUAAAUACAAGGACGACAUCAAGAAAAUUACCGACCAGAUCAUCAAGGUCACCAAAGAUGCCGAAGGUACCGUAAACAAAGCCAUCGACAGCCAGAAGAAAAACUAAAUAAUAUAAAUAAUGUAAAAUUACAAACCGUAUUUAUGCCUUUUUAAUUUAAUCAUUUUCUUUUACGAAAACAAUUUUUAUACAUGUUUUAUGAAAUAAAAAAAAAAAUCUGUUGAUAA